GAGAGAACCAUGGCACCACACUUUGCACUCAGAGCUUGCCAUGUGUUGUUGAUGGUGCUGAGUGUAACCGCAUCUGAGGACUUUGACUGGACAAAGACUGACAAGGGAUCCUUCUACUAUGGAACUUUUCCAACUGGGUUUUCAUGGGGUGCCGGCAGCUCGGCCUACCAAACUGAGGGCGCCUGGGACAGAGAUGGCAAAGGCAUGAGCAUCUGGGAUGCAUUCGCCCACAAAAAAGGCAAAAUCUUCUUUAAUGACACCGGAGACUCCUCCUGUGAGGGAUAUUAUAAAGCCAAGGAUGACAUUGUCUUAAUGAAAGACUUGAAGUUAAACCACUACCGCUUCUCAAUCUCUUGGCCUCGGAUCCUACCAAAUGGAGUUAAAUCACUUCAUAUAAAUGAAAAAGGAAUCCAGUAUUAUGAUGACCUAAUCGAUCAUCUGCUGGAGAAUAAAAUCACCCCGAUUGUUACUCUCUAUCACUGGGAUCUACCUCAGGUUUUAGAGGAUAAAUAUGGGGGAUGGCAAAACAUCAGCAUGGUCAGCUAUUUCAAUGACUUUGCCAAUUUAUGCUUUGAGAGAUUUGGUAAUCGAGUGAAAUACUGGAUUACAUUCAACAAUCCAUGGGCUGCAGCUGUGGAGGGCUAUGAGACAGGGGAGCAUGCACCUGGACUAAAGCUAAGAGGCACAGGAUCGUACAAGGCCGCCCAUAACAUGAUAAAGGCACAUGCAAAGGUUUGGCACACUUAUGACACCCAGUGGCGGAGCAAACAAAAAGGACUGGUGGGGAUCUCGCUGUUAGCUGACUGGGGAGAGCCGGUUGACACCACCAAUCAGAAGGACAUUGAGGCUGCAGAGAGAUAUGUGCAGUUCAGUUUGGGAUGGUUUGCCACACCACUCUUUAAUGGAGACUACCCUCAAGUGAUGAAAGACUACAUAGGAAGGAAGAGUGCUCAGCAAGGGUUGGGGACUUCCCGUCUGCCCAUGUUCACCUCCCAGGAGAAGAGCUACAUCCGGGGCACCUGUGACUUCCUGGGGAUCGGCCACUUCACCACCCGCUACGUCACCCAGAAGAACUUCCCUUCUAACCGCGGGAGCAGCUUCUUCACUGACCGUGACCUGGCCGAGCUGGUAGAUCCCCGCUGGCCUGACCCUGGCUCAGAGUGGCUCUACUCUGUGCCCUGGGGAUUCCGGCGUCUGCUGAACUUCGUCAAGACCCAGUAUGGAAACCCAAUGAUAUAUGUGACGGAGAAUGGAGUGUCAGAGAAGAUGAUGUGUACAGAUUUAUGUGACGACUGGAGGAUGCAGUACUUUAGGGAAUACAUCAAUGAAAUGCUUAAGGCAAUAAAAGAUGGUGUUGACGUCAAAGGAUACACUGCUUGGUCUCUGCUGGACAAGUUUGAAUGGGAUGAGGGCUUCUCUGAGAGAUUUGGUCUGUACUAUGUGGACUUUGGAAGCAAAGACAAGCCCCGGUAUCCCAAGGCCUCUGUUCAAUACUACAAACGAAUCAUCAGCUCCAAUGGCUUCCCCAAUCAGAGGGAGGUUGAGAGCUGGAAGAGGAAGGCAUCAGAAACAUGCUCCUCAAGUAAUCAGCUCCUUGCUGCUGAUCCUUUGACAAGCCACAUGGAGAUGGUCACUGAGAUUGUGGUUCCCACUGUGUGCACUUUGUGCAUCCUCCUCAGCGCCAUAUUCCUCAUGUUUCUACUCCGACGCCGAAUCUAGACGAGAUUCCACUGCCAUUCAUGUCCUUUACAGACAACUGUACAUUAGCUGUACCCAUUUUUUUUAUUGUCUUUAUCAAAUGUUUUGGCCACAUAGAGGUCCAUUCAUAAAAGAUGGCCUCUGUGAUUCUGAGGAAGUCAAUCAUGGAAAGAAUGUUGAAUUUUUAAGUGUCACUUAACAUUUCAGAAAGAUGAUGGCUCAGAAAUUUCAAUGUGUAGAUUCAUUUUUAGCAUCAAUCCACCCAGAUUUUCCCAUAUUUGAAAGCAGGUUUGGUGUUUGACGUGGAAAAGGUUAGGCUGGGUCAUAGGAAAGUGAAUGCAAUUGUAUAGGUCGAAAAUAAUACACUUAUAUAACUUAAACAAG